AACGCCAAGAUGAUGUCCUAUGACCUCCAGGCACCGUGUUAGUGAGAGGAGGGCUGAAUCCUUCCCUACCAAGGUGGCGCCUCCUGUGACAGUUUUCAUACCUCUCCACCGACAUUCUUCAUACGACAAUGCAUGAAAAAGAACAUUGGCCGUGGCAACUACUGGGAGACGCUGUCGACUCACGGUCCAGACACCAGACUGGCGAGUAUUCACAAGUGCAGGUCCUCCGUUAGUGUAGGAGAGGAGCCAGGAAGCCAGCGGCGUGGAGUGAUGAGCAUUGUUCUUAUGAAGUAAAGAUAAACGUAAAGCAUCAGUCAUUACCAUGGCUGAGCCUCACCCUCAAUACCCCAACAAGAUCCACAAGGUGACGCAGACGGGGUUUGAUGGGCCUCAGCUGCUCCAUCACCCAGCCAGCAAUGUGUACGGUAAUGUGCAUUUCGAGGACAACAGCCUCAUGAAGGAGCAAAAUAAACUUCGCUCCCAGAUUGAGAUGUGGCUACAGUCUGGUGAGAAGCCAUACGAGUGUGAUGGAUGUAAUAAAAGGUUUGCCCAGAAAAGUCAUCUCAACAGUCACAUGCUGGUUCACACAGGCGAGAAAAAGUUUGAGUGUGACUUGUGUGGGAAAAAAUUCACGAUGGAAAGCCACCUGAAUGGCCACAUGCUAGUACAUAACACAGAGAAAAAGUUUGACUGUGAGGUUUGUGGCAAACAGUUUGUGCAGAAGAGUCAUCUUAAUGGCCACAUGCUUGUACACAGUGAAAAAAAAUUUGGUUGUGAAAUAUGUGGCAAGCGAUUCAUUCUGGAGAGUCACCUCAACAGUCACAUGUUGGUGCACAGUGAAAAAAAAUUCGCGUGUGAGCUGUGUAACAAAAGAUAUACUCACAAGAGUCACCUCAACAGCCAUAUGUUGGUGCACUGUGAAAAAAAGUUUGAGUGUGAGGUCUGUGGUAAAAGAUUCAUUCAACGGAGUCACCUAAAUAGCCACAGGUUCGUGCACAGCGAGGAGAAGAGGUUCCAGUGUGAGAUUUGUUGCAAGAGGUUCGCCCAGGAGAGUCACCUCAACAGCCACAGGAUUGUUCACACAGAGGAGAAGCGGUUCGAGUGUGAAGGUUGUGGGAAACGGUUUGCUCAGAAAAGCCACCUGAACAGCCAUCGCUUUGUGCACAGCGAGGAGAAAGUGUACGAGUGUAAAGAGUGCGGGAAACGCUUCACCCAGGAAGUGCACCUCAACAGCCACAGGUUUGUGCACAGUGAUGAGAAAAAGUUUGAAAAUCAGGACUGGGGAAGACGAUUGUCACAGGAAAAUCAUCUCAAUGGACACAGGUUUGUCCACAAUGAUCUGAAAAGAUAUGAAUGUGAGAAAUGUGGCAAAAGAUUUAUGAUGAAAAGCCACUUGAACAGCCAUAAGUUUGUGCACAGUGAGGAGAGAAAGUUUGAGUGUCUUGAGUGUGGCAAAAGAUUCACUCAAAAGAGCCAUCUCAAUAGCCAUAGGUUUGUGCACAGUGAAGAGAAAGCGUACGAGUGUCCGGACUGUGGAAAGCGCUUCUCCCAACAGAUCCACCUCAGCAGUCAUAGAUUCGUGCACAGUCUGGAGAAAAAAUUCGAGUGUGAGGAGUGUGGGAAACGCUUCACCCAAGAGAGUCAUCUCAACAGCCACAGGUUCAUGCACUCUGAGAAAAAAGGAUUCGAUUUUCAGGAUUGUACAAAGUUGCUCCCUCAGAAGAAUCACCUCAACAGUAUAGUGGUCCCGGUAGUGCCAAACGAAGAGAAGACGGCAACUUACGAGGACAGUGGCAAGAUCUUCACUCCCCAACCAUACCAGCCAGCCUACUCUUACGGUCACCUCACAGGUCAACUGUCAGAUAAGGUUCGGACACUCUGGCCUCUGUAGCCUUGGGUCGAAGCUGUCUUACAGCUACCAGGUAAAUGAAGUCGGAAAUUAAAAUACCUGAUUGCACAUCAUCUUUUGAACUACUGUACACUAGUACGGUCAUAAAUCGUCUGUGUGUUAAUAUUGGUAUAUAUUCAUAGUGAAACGAGUAAAAAUUAGGAAAUAGGUAAAUAUUAAUUAUGUAACUACCAUGGGCAUGUAACAUGUGGGCAUCAGCAGACGCUCAUAACGGACCAAGACUAACUACCCUUCAUGCAUUAUGGUCCACUUUCUUAACAGAAUCUGAUGCAUUUCUUGAACUGUACCUCGAGUUCACCAUCCUCUCUAUGCAUUAAUGACAUUUUGAUUAGUAUUUUCUUAUUUUCUAACAAGAUGGGUUACAUUGUCUCCAUGCUGUACUGUCAACUCUCUAAGAGACAGGUGUUGUAUAUGGAUGUACUGGAGUUGACUGCUUGACUCCAGAACAGUGGCAGGUAUCACAGUUCUAUCCGGUGUAUAUUAGGUGAUAUGCUAACGUUUCAGGCAUUUUUAGUUGCUCGGGUGGCCACCGUGAGUUAGGUAACAUGUAAACACGACAUAUACAGUAUAUACCCAGUUUCACCAGCCCUCCCCUCCCCCAUGCAGACACCUCGCAUAAAUAAAACUACUGCUAGGUAAUAAGAAAUAUCCAUGUUAAAAAAAAUCAACUUUUGAACUGAUAUUGUUAUCAGAUGUAAGUGAUAAAUAUUAAAAUUCGCAGCAAGUGUUUCCAAAUUUAACUCAAAUGAAAAAUAAUGCUUACAACUAAUGCAUUCAGGAGUCACACUUUGUCUGGUUAAGAUUUGGAAAAAAAAUCAACUUAUUUUUGUAAUGAAACUCGCACACACAGGACUACUGUAUGUGUAGUCAUGUUUUUUUUUGUAAAGGUUAGACAAAAUUUAGUAUGUAUGGUGUCAGGCAGUGUCGUGGAAGCUGUCCUCGUGUAGUAAACAUUAAUGACGAAGAUACCCUGUACUGUGUUCUGUACUAAUGAGGUAUUCCUCGUCUAUAACUGUCAAACGAACGUGGGAAACAAUAUUCUCACUAUUGUAGGAAAUAUUGGGCAUUGUGCUGGUGUCAGUGAGUGCAACGAGAAUAAACAAUUAAAGAUAUUGAAAAAAAGUAAUUAACACUUUGUCCUGUUAAUAAUGACCGAAAAAAUAAGUAUUAUUUAUGAUUGGAAAAUUAAAGUAUUAUCUGCAUCUGUAGAAUUAAAAAAAAAUAUGAAACAAGUAAUCACUACCAAGUUGCCUUUACUGUGUUUGGUCUGAAGUAUGAGGUGCAGCUGAGGUGAUCACUGAGGGUUGACUCUUGUAUCAAAGUUCCCGAUAUUUUUUAAAAUAUAUUAAGAUAAAAACUAUUAGUAAAUCAGUGUUGUAAAUAUGUUAUGUUAGGGUAUAAUAUCCUGUAGAUUAUAUGAUAUGUACUUAAUUUCACACACACACACAGCAUUAUAAAUAAUGUUUCUUGGAGGGUAAGACAAGGCUGGGAAACUUCAGAACAUGCGUAGCCAUACUGGGUCCAGAUUCUCAAAGAUUCGUACGAUGAAUGUUUCUCAUAAGUGAAGGUGUAAGGAUGCAAUUGGUUGACUUAAGCCAAAGGACAACAUUAACGAACAACAACUAUCAUGAACGUUAUACUGACACUGUCUUAUAUGUAUACGUUAACUUACAGUCAAUAGAGAACAUUAAGUUACAGAAUAUAUCCUAGACAUUUUGUACCUUAAUUUUGUAAUGUGCUAAGUGAAUAUAUCCAGUUAAGGUAGUCUCUGUGUAACAUAUUUUUGGCGUGUUGUGUUUUAUCACUUGAGAAUUAUUUCGAUACAGUUUUGCUCUUUCACUUAAAAUUAAUAUUUAUCGUGGGAUCCUCUGAGAAUGCGCGCCCCUUAGGAUAUAUCCUGGUCUCUGUACAAUAUUUUCUCUUACUGUGAACCAUGUUUAACUGAUUUCUGUCACUGUUAAGUCUCGCCCUUAUGUGCUUCAUUUAAUUAUGUAGGUUAGAAUACGCAUAUAAAUAUACAGUAUAUAUAUCUAGUUAUAAGCAGUAAGGUGUCAAACAGCCUACCUAAUAGAUGAAAUAUAAUUCACAGUGGUAGUGAGGUUAUGAGGUGCAAAGUGGCCAAUGUUAGAGAAGCAACCACAAACAGGACAGUUAAACAUAUAUUAUUAUUAUUAUUAUUAUUAUUAUUAUUAUUAUUAUUAUUAUUAUUAUUAUUAUUAUUGUUAUUAUUAUUAUUUAACAGAACCCCGAUCGUAAGCUAACCUAACCUGGCUAUCCUUGGGUAGUAGAGGAUAGGUUAGGAUGUUUUUGGUUCUUGUCGCUUAAAAACAAAAGAACUAUGGAAAAUUGUCUUUGUGGUUCCUGCUCAUGGUAAUACUUGUAACAACCAUUAUGCGGCUAGGCCAUCGUCAUCAUCAUCAUCACCAUCAUUAAGGGUACAAGACCAUCAAGCUGGUUUCAAAAUCAUUGAUAAUUCCACGCUUCGGUCUUUUUUCUAAACACCUCCUGGACCUUAAUCCUAGAGUGAUUAUCUACGGUAUAUAUUAUCUAGACAGGAGUCACUGAGCACACCAUGACAAAUUGGUGUUCAGGGCCUGAAUUCUCAAAGGUUCAGAAUUUAAUUUUCCUCGUAAUUGGAGAUGUCUUAAUUUGUACCUAACUAGCGGACUUAAUCAAGAUAAAGCACAAAUAUAACUUCCAAAAUGGUAACCAAAUUACAUAGAAACUGUACUUCAGUAAAAUACAUACUUUUAUAACCAGUUAGGAGACAAUAUUAACAUUUGGAUUCUUUAUGAAGACGGGCCCUCAAAAAACUGACUUGCAGGUGAUAGAUACUCAAAAGACUGUUGAUACACACACUGGCCAGCCCUCCUUAUAUAUUUGUUAGGCAUGUGUGCUUGUGUACAAAAUAUUCAUAACAAACACGAACCAACUUAACCUAACAACUUUACGUCAGGUUACUGUGACCCAAAGUCUUUUUUAUUUUGUACACAGGUUGUGGUAUAUCUGGGUGUACAGCAAGAAUAUAGUGAGUGCCAAACCAUGUGUGUAUCAACUCCCUUUCAGUGUCAUCAACAUCCUCCUCGGUAUGACGAAUUUUUCAUGUUUGUCAUUUAUUGGGGAUAUUUGACUCAUGUAUGCAUUUUUGCUAAAUAAAUUUCUUUAUAAUACACAGAAAAACUGA